AGCAGACCAGCACACAUCCAUUUACGCUUAGAGCUGAACCCCCAGUUCUCAAACCUCGUAUCUUUUUGUUGUCUAGUGCCGCAAGAUUCAGUCUUUGUCUUCUCUCUCUUACUCGUGCAACCACGUUAUGAUGUGUACAUUCGUCAGCCAGCCCCCCGGUAUCGCAUCAUUCUGAAACAGAGCAAUUGCGACGCUAUCUCGUACCUGAGGGCAUUUUAUACGACCUACCGAUUCUAAUGCGACAUGUCUUGCAAGCGGAGCGGAUAAUGCGUCUGAGUCUUCCCCCCCACUCGCCCAUCCUAUCCGGCGUGUCUGAGACCUUGCGAGCUAUAAAUCGGACCUAGCACCUGCAUUCCCACUUCGUCCCGCACUCCCAUCAUGACCACGAUCCAAAAACUUGCCUCCGCCUCGUCCGCGUCUGCUUCGACGUUGCUACCCACGAUUCUGGGUACCCCGCCGUCGGCAGCCCAGCUCCAGAUGCCCACGACCGUCCCGACUGCGGUGGUCUACCAGCUCCCCGACUAUGCACCUAUAGUGACGCCGCAGCUGAUUGGAUCCUUGCUUAACUUUUUCUUCGUCGGAACGCUUUUGAUACAAGUCUACGUCUACCGGAUCUGUUUCCCUCUGGACUCGAUCUUGACUAAAGGCCUCGUCCACUUUGUUUCGCUCCUGAUCCUCGUUUCGAUCUGCCUCAAUGCCGCCGACGUCGAGUUCUGGUACGGGUCCGGGUUCGGCAAGAUCGCACGCUUCGCAGAUUCGCGCAACUCGCGCUUCUACACUCCGCUCGCGGGAUCUCUCAUCGCCAUGCUGGUCCAGUUCUUCUUUGCGUACCGGAUCGUGGUCAUGCGGAAGAUCAUGUGGCCGCUGGCUGUGCUCGUCGGUCUUGCCGGUAUGGCCCAAUGCGCCGGUGGGAUCGGCGGUGCGGCUGUGUCUUAUAUGGCGGUCAGCCCCAAGCACGACCAUGAGCGCACCAUCCUCGUCUACUUGUGGCUCGCUGGUGGCGCUGCUGCCGCCCUCCUCGUCACCGUUGUGAUGAUUCCCCUCUCGGUUUCUACGGAGGCCAAGGGCAAGCGCACUGUCGGCGGCACCAUCACUACCGUCGCUCGGCUCUCUGUCGAAACGAAUGCCGUGGCAAGUGUUGUAGCGUUGUUGGGGCUUUUGCUCUUUGUCUGCGCUCCGAACACGACCUACUUCGUGUGCCCGGUGAUGAUCCUUCCUGGAAUCUACGCCAACACCCUACUGGUCGCGCUCAACAACCGCUCGACGACCCUCCUCACCUCGGACGUCUCAACGAUUGCGCCUCGCGCCUCCUCCCGGGCGCCGCUGUCGUCGACGAACUCUGGGCCGCUCAGCUUCGCACCGCGCAACGCCGAGGCGGACGACAUCGAGGAGAUCGCGGUGUCGAUCCCGAAUGCGCACGUGCUGCAGCGGAACCACAGCCGCAACAGCGUGACGGAGAAAUGGCGCCGGUCGGGACGCGGAGAGGACGACAGCGACAGCGAGUACGGCAGCGAUGCGGGUAUCAGAGAGCAAGCCUAGAUGUUGGUGGGAUGAUCGUGUACGAUGCUGGUUGUUUCUUUUGUUCUUUGGAAUGGCAAAUUCGAGAUGGCUACAUGCACCCACACUCCUAUCAUCCACACAAGUACUGCGACA